CGUAGGUGUAGGAACAUCCUAGAUUGACUGAUCUUACAGCACGUUUGUUGCUACGAUGGCAGAUGCUGUCCUUCAGUCAGCUCGGUCAGCACUCAAAGAGGAGCGCUUCUUUGACGGCGUGCAGCUGAUCAACAGCGCCCUGGAGGCACAGCAGGCUAUCGUGAUCAAGCCCGGCUCAGGUGGCUAUGCGGCGGAGGCUGCCACAGAAGUCGACAACCAGGAGAUUCUGCAAAAUCCAGAAGCGUUCCUGAUGCGUGUGCUGCCUUCCCUCCAAUCAUCACAGCGUCAGCUUUUAGCAGACCUUUUUGCUUUGCGCACAGACUUGCUGAUUGGCCUGGGUGCAUUGAAGCGGGCUGUUCUCGAUAUCAGCGCGGCCUUGCUACUGACACCCGAAAACGAAGCAAUGUCAAUCAAGAAGAUGCAGAUCGAAGGCCUGCUGAAGUCGGGUGCCUCCAGUGUGGGCUCUGCAAAGACUCCCACUACGAUUAUCACGGGCUUCUUGGGUGCCGGCAAGACCACCCUGCUGAACUACAUUCUGGAUGUCAAUCAUGGCAAAAAGAUAGCCAUCAUCGAAAAUGAAUUUGGUGAGGUUGGGAUAGAUGAUGCCCUUCUAAACACAAAAAGUGCUGUAACCGAGGAGAACAUCAUCGAGAUGAACAAUGGAUGCAUUUGCUGCACAGUUCGGGGUGAUCUCAUUGCUGGGUUGAAAAAGCUCCACAAGCAAACCACUGGGAAGGGCAAGCCACUCGAUGGAAUCAUCAUCGAAACGACUGGCUUGGCUGACCCUGCUCCAGUGGCCCAGACCUUUUUUGCGGAUGAUUUCGUGAGUGCCAAUAUGGUGUUGGAUGGAAUUCUUACUGUGGUGGACGCAAAACAUAUCGUGGGUCAGCUGCAGGAGGAGAAGCCGCAAGAUGCAGUCAAUGAAGCUGUCGAGCAGAUAGCCUUUGCCGACCGAAUUUUGCUCAACAAGACAGAUUUGGUCGGGGAGGCUGACUUGCUCAAGGUGGAGGCCGAAAUUCGCCACAUCAACAAGACGGCCGCAAUCCGGAAGACACAAAAUUCCCGUGUGGACAUGGACUUCAUUUUGGGCAUCAAGGCCUUCUCACUGGAAAAGAUCCUGAUGCAGAUCAGUCAAAAUUUGGAAGAGGAGCUAGUUGCUGAGCAUGGUUCGGGCCACGGCGACCACGGCGGCCACGGCGGCCACGGCCAUGAAGGACAUGCUCAUAGCCACAGUCAUGAUGAGGACUGCGAGGAGUGUGGCCAUUCCACACACCGUCGCCAUGACUACAGGGUCAGCUCAGUGGGAAUCCAGCGGGACCGAGAAGUGCAGAAGGAUAAGCUUGACACCUUCAUCAGCUGGUUGGUGCAGAACAAAGGGCCUGACCUUUACCGUUCAAAAGGAGUCUUGGCUGUGAAUGGCAUGUCCCACAAGUUUGUGUUCCAUGCGGUGCACAUGCAGUUCAGUGGCAAGCCGCAAGAACCAUGGAGAGAAGGUGAGAAGAGGCAGUGCAAGAUGGUGUUUAUUGGAAAAAAUUUGGAUCGGGAAGAGCUGAACAAGAAGUUCGACGAAUGCCUGGUGAAGUGAUAUUGAACCGCAGCAAAGCAGACCAUAGUCGCUUUCAACGAAGAACCCUUUUUGACUAGGUUGGAGGCCAUCGCUAGUAGGUUGGAGGCCAUUGGAAUUAGGUUGGAGGCCAUGAAGAACCCUGUUUGACCUCCAGAGAUUUUCAGACUUGCGAUUGUUAUGUUUCUUCCAUGCGAUGCACAGACUCACAGCCCAGGGUUACAAGAUCGCUUCAAGAAGGGUGCUCCUGUUGAGGCAAACUGCCGAAGGAACGACAACAAAGAGAUCAAUCUGGCAAUGCUCAGCUUAGCCGCUGAGCCCCAGGAGCACAAGUGAUUCUUGGCCUAAAACUUACUUUAGUUCGAGCUAUCUCCACGCGACAAAAAGAUCAAAGAGAGAAGCGCACAACGCAUAGGGGCUCGUGAUUUGUGUGGUUCCCUUGACCAGUCUGGAGCCCUUGAACUCCUUCGGGCAGUGAUGUCCUUUCCCCGUUAGUUUUUUUGUGCAGUCAUGCGCCAUUUCGGUUUGAGUGUUUCAAGUCGCACCAUGACCCACAAUGUGCCCGUGACCUUUCUUUGGGUAUAGUAUGGAGCCCUGAAGCCACGCCCAAAUGUGUUUGUCUGGUUCUGAGAAGCAACAAGGGCUUGAGGCAGCCUGUUGGCUGGAUGGACGGACCUUGCCAAAGUGAUCUCUUGAGGGAAAAUUGCUUCAAGUUGUUUCGUUAAGCAUCAAGCCGUUGGUUGGGAGGGCCCUUGAAGCGCC